UGACCCCCCGAGUAACGGGGCUCAGUGGAUCAUCUGUGCACACCUAGCCGCCGGUGUUAGCCAGCACCAUACCUGGCCAGUUAUGCAUACCGACGGACGGCAUUGAUUCGAGUUCUACUCUUUGUUUUCUCAACCGCUUGUGGCAGUCGGCAUGGUCCAGUGAGUCGCUGCAUGGAAGUAGGGGGCGCUUCAGGUGUCAUGCAAGCCAGGCAGGCUCAUCAUGACUAUGAUUAGUGUAUACAUGUACAGAUACAAGUACAUGCGUACCUCUGGCUGCGGAUUAGGGCGGUGAGGAUCCACCCGGAGCUUCCAGUUUAGUGGAGGGCAUUCUGCCCAUGUCGUUCGAUUCAAUGAGAAAAUCUUUGAACAAAACCCAGGAAAGGCUUCCUCUGCGCAGUCUCGCGUUAAUCACUUCCUGUUAAGCACCAGAUCAACUGCCUGGCUACCGGAUAUACCGAUUGGCCACUUAAAGAUGAAGCGCAAGGCAGACGCGCAGGCUACGGCCCCGAAGCCCAACAAGAGGAAGUCCAAGCCUUCCCUGAGCGACACCGAGGUUGCCGCAAGAUUCAGAAAGGGUCUCCUGGACCAGAAGGUCCUCGAUUCCCACACAAAACAAUAUGCCGAGUCCGAACCGUACAAGCACUGCGUCAUCAACCAACUGAUCGAUGACAAAUUGCUGCGCGCCGUGCGGGAAGAGGUCAAGGAUAAUGUCUCCUUCACCCCCAAAGAGACCGACAUUUACAAGAUCCACCAGUCUGGUGACUUGGCGAACCUCGACGGACUGGGCGACGAAGCUCUUUCCAAGCUACCCUCCCUCCUGGCACUCAGAGAUGCCAUGUACUCCCAGAGCUUCCGCGACUAUGUUGCCCACAUCACGGGCUGUGGGCCCUUGAGCGGGAAGAAGACCGACAUGGCCAUCAAUGUCUAUACUCCUGGCUGCUUCCUGCUCUGCCACGAUGAUGUCAUUGGCAGUCGCAGGGUCAGUUAUAUCCUCUAUCUCACAGACCCGGACAUCCCCUGGAAACCGGAGUGGGGAGGCGCCUUGAGGCUCUUCCCGGUCCAAGACAGACGGGGCAAAGACGGCAAGAUUGCAAAGACACCCGAGGCCGACGUCUCCAAGAUCAUCCCCCCGGCAUGGAACCAGCUUAGCUUCUUCGCCGUACAACCUGGUGAGAGCUUUCACGAUGUCGAGGAGGUAUACCACGCCGAAACGAAGAAGCAACUCAAGAAAGAGGGCGGCAGAGUGCGCAUGGCUAUCAGUGGCUGGUUUCACAUCCCACAAAUAGGCGAAGAUGGUUACGUCAAGGGGGCAGAGGAGGAGAAUGCCAAGAACAGCAGUUUGAUGCAACUGCAGGGAAAUCCGGACCAGUACGAUACGCCCCGCCCAGCUGCGGUCAAGGUCGAGAACCCACAAGCGAGCUCGCCAGAAGAUUUCGACGAGUCGGACCUGGAAUUCCUGCUCAAGUACAUGGCCCCGACCUAUCUGACCCCGGAUACACUGGAGCAAAUAACAGAGCAGUUCGAUGAGGAGUCCAGCAUAACACUACCAGACCUCUUGAACAAGAAAUUUGGUCAACGCCUGCGCGAAUAUGUCUCCAAAGAAGACGGCAAGGCCGUUCCUGAAUCCACUGCCGAGAUUGAGAAAGGGGACUGGAAAGUCGCCAAACCUCCUCACAAGCAACGUUUCCUUUUUAUGCAGCACAAAAAUGGAGCCCAGAGUGGCAAGACCAAGACAAAGGACGACUCGCCAAUUCGAGAAUUACUAGACGUCUUCUUGCCAAGUCCACAGUUCCGCCGUUGGCUACAAAUGGCUACUAGUAGUGUUAUCGAGAGCCACGACCUCAUCGCACGGCGCUUCCGCAAGGGCAAGGACUACACUCUUGCCACGGGCCAUGAAGGCAAGCCUCGCCUUGAGCUCAACCUGGGCAUCACGCCCACGUCUGGAUGGGGCGACGAGGUUGUUGAUGAAGAGGAAGACGAGGAGCCUCCCAAGAAGAAUGGAAAGACCAAGGGCAAAGGCAAAGCCAAGGGAGAGUCCACUGAAGAGCCCGAAGAAGUUGGUGGUCACGAGGUCUACAUGGCUGGCGAUGAUGACUCAGCUGAAGACGCCGCCAUUUACAAGUCCAGCGGCGAUGACGAUAACAUUUUGUUCUUUCAGGCUGCGGCGUGGAACAAGCUAACUAUUGUUUUGCGAGACAGCGGUACCCUUAAGUUUGUCAAAUAUGUGAGCAAGAAAGCCCCAGGUGACCGCUGGGAUAUCUGCGCCAAUUUCGACAUCGAAGAAGAGGACAGUGAAGAUGAGGAGGCGAGCGGCGAGCAAGACGAGAAUGCAAAACUACUCGCCGAGGAUACCGAGGAAGAGUGGAACGGAUUUUCGUCAAGCAGCGAAAGUGAUUCUGACUAGACAUACAACUUCUUGACGAAGCAUGAAUAUAUGACUGGAAUUUCACCAUUGAUAAUUUAUACUUUGCUCAUGGCUUCGAUGAUAUCGACACUCCUGCGAGUCUACAGUAAUAAGAACUGCAUCAUAUUGAAAGAUAUUCUAGACUUGAACUUCUCAAGUCGGAUGUUAAAUUACUAGUUUUGUCUUC